UUCAGGUGUGUGUGUGUAUUAAGCGAGAGUUGAAGAGUUGUGAAAGCCAUGUCUCGUAUUAUUGUUAAGAACCUGCCAAAGUAUAUAACCGAGGAAAGGUUACAGGAGCACUUCUCCAAGAAGGGACAGGUUACAGACGUUAAGCUAAGAAAGAACUCCAAAGGUGAAUCCAGAAGGUUUGCGUUCAUCGGGUUCAAAAGCGAUCAAGAUGCUGAAGACUGUGUGAAGUACUUUGAUGGGUCCUUCCUGGACACUGCAAAGCUCUCCGUUUCGUUGGCGAAGAGUUUUGCCGACCCAACAGUGCCAAAAUCGUUCAAGGAGAAGAGAAGAGAGGCAUUGCAAAGAGUCAAGGAACGUGAACAGAGAGAACAGGAGAAGGAGGAGAGAAUCAGGGAGAGAAAGAGACAGAAACUUGAAAAGAAGAACAGAAUUGAUGAUGAAAUUGCACAGAACCCUGAGUUGCAAGAGUUCAUCCAGGCUACAAACCCCUCUGGUCAGACUAAAUCUUGGUCAAACGAUAUCGUUGUCAAUGAAGGUGGUGCGCCAUCUAACUCGCUAUUAGAACAGGCACUUGCUCUGAAAUCAGGUGAAUCUGUUGAGAAUAAGUUCCAAAAUGAGGUUGCAGAUGAAAUCUUCAAGUUACCAGAGAAUGAAAGUGACGAUGAUUACGAAGAUUUUGGUGAAAAGAAGAACGACCAGGAAGAAGAAGAUGAGCCAAUGAUGGGAUUGGAUGCAUUCAACAAUGCUGAAGCCAAGGGGGAGCAGGAGAGUAAGGAGAACGAUGAGGCCAUCUCUGAUCUCGAAUGGUUGAAGAAGAGAAGAAUUAGAAUUUCAGAGAAUGAAACUGCCACAACUAUAACUGAACCAUCAAAAUCAGAAGAGAAGGUAGUUGAAGAUGACAAACUUCAACAACAAAUAUCCGAACCACUUGAACCAAUUGAACCGGAAAAGAACGACGAGGAGCUAUCAAUUGAGAAGAUUAGGGAAACCGGCCGUUUAUUCUUGAGAAACAUCCUAUACACGGCUACAGAGGAUGAGUUCAGAACACUGUUUGGCAAAUUUGGAGAGCUGGAAGAGGUUCAUAUUGCCAUUGAUACAAGAACAGGUAAAUCCAAGGGGUUCUGUUAUAUCAAGUUUGUAAAUCCAGACGACGCUGUGAACGCAUAUAUCGAACUCGAUAAGCAAAUCUUCCAAGGUCGUUUGAUGCACAUCAUUCCAGCAGAAGGGAAGAAAGAUCACAGAUUAGAUGAAUUUGACUUGAAGAAUCUGCCAUUGAAGAAACAGAGAGAGCUCAAGAAGAAGAACGACGCUUCGAAAUCCCAGUUCAGUUGGAACUCGCUUUAUUUGAACCAAGAUGCUGUGAUGGACACCAUUGCAGCAGACUUGGGUGUUCAAAAGUCCGAAUUGAUCGAUCCAGAGAACGCCAGCUCGGCUGUGAAACAGGCAUUGGCAGAAGCACAUGUUAUCGGAGAUGUGAGGAAAUUCUUUGAGAGUAAAGGCAUUGAUCUUUUGAAAUUCCAAACCAAAGAACGUGACGAUGCCGUCUUACUCGCUAAAAAUAUCCCCUACGGCACAACAGAAUCUGAGAUAUUGGAUCUAUUUAGCCCAUAUGGCGAGUUAAAGAGAGUCAUCAUGCCACCUUCCGGUACCAUAGCCAUUGUUCAAUAUAGAGACGCACCAAGUGGGAGAAGUGCUUUCACCAAGCUCUCAUACAGAAGGUUUAAGAAGAGUAUUCUCUAUCUUGAGAAGGGGCCAAAAGACUUGUUCACAAGAGCACCAUCUGAAGAUGAAAUUGUCACAACUUCUGAAGUCAAAGAAGAUGCAAAGGAGAUCCAACACAACGAAAAGGAUAUUAUUGAAGAGGAUACCGAAGUGUUUGAAGGACCAACUGUAUCUGUAUUUGUGAAGAACUUGAACUUUUCCACAACACCACAGGAUCUCACCAAGCUCAUGUCAAAAUUGGAUGGAUUUGUCCUUGCUACGAUCAAGACCAAACCUGAUCCAAGAGACUCAACAAAGACACAAAGCAUGGGAUACGGGUUUGCCGAAUUCAAGACGAAGGAUCAAGCAAACACUGCAGUCCGUGCUAUUGAUGGUGUUGUUCUCGAUGGCCAUAAACUUUCCUUGAAGCUCUCGCAUCGUCAAAGCACAACUUCGUCGUCAUCAUCCUCCAAGAAAUCCAAAUCCAAAUCCUCCAAGAUCAUUGUCAAGAACUUACCGUUUGAGGCUACAAGAAAGGACGUCUUUGAGCUUUUCAAUUCGUUUGGUCAACUCAAAUCUGUCAGAGUUCCAAAGAAGUUCGACAAGUCUGCAAGAGGUUUUGCCUUUGUUGAAUUCUUGUUACCUAACGAAGCUGAGGCUGCUAUGGAUCAACUCCAAGGUGUCCAUCUCCUUGGUAGACGCUUGGUUAUGCAAUAUGCAGAGCAAGAUAGUGGGGAUGCAGAGGCUGAAAUAGAAAAGAUGACAAAGAAGGUGAAGAAGCAAGUCGCUACAACUCAGUUAGGAGCUUUAAGAUCUAAUGGGAAAAGAAAACUUGACUUGGGAGAUGAGGACGAAGAGUGAACCUUUCCCUCCUUCUCAUUACGUUUAUAGGGGUAUAAAGACAAAACUAUUAAAUCAUCCUGCCAACGCAACUGUUGACCUUGGU